GUCGAGUUUUGCCGCUUGGAGAGAAAUUUGUCUUGCGUUAAAUGAAGGUUUUGAAACGAUGUCCGAGAAAGAAAAAAAUGAUUUUGGCAAAGAUAUCAUAAAAAAAUGGAACAAUGCAAGAGAUAACUGGAUGAAAUAUCACAAAAAAGUUAAGGAAUGUAAAUCCGGCUCUGGUGCAAAAAGUCUACGAAAAUAUAAAUUCUACGAUCAAAUGCUCUUUUUGUGUAAAAUUGUGACUCGCCGAACAACGGAAGCAAGUAUUACAUCAGAAAAAAACAUCACACAAUCUCACAACAAAGAAACUGACUCACAAACCAAUAAUGACCCUACCGCACCAGCCAAUACUACCGAUUUAACAAAAACAAGCAAGAAGAGAAAGACAGACUGUAGCGAAGUUGAUCGACAAAUGCUUACUUUAAUUAAAUCAGUUGAAGAUGAAGACAAGAGUAAGAGUAUGUGUUUUUUCAAAGGUAUUGCUCCGAUUGUAGACAAGUAUAGUGAUGACGAUUAUGUUGAAUUCCAAUAUGAAAUCAUUAAAGUUAUGAGAAAUUUAACUCGGAGAAAUCAAGCGUCCAUGCAGCAGCAAAAUUACAAUUACAAUAUUAAUCGAGGCUACACUACGGCUACACCCGACUACAGGAUACACGAAUAUCAACCAACACAACCCAUUCCAUCGACAUCCAGGAUGCCCUAUGAAUAUCAGCCAACACAACUCAUUCCAUCCACAUCCAGGAUGCCUCAAGAACUCAUGCAGCAAGAUGAUUCCCAAUCUUCAAUUAUUACUGAAUUAAGUUCAAUCACAUCGCCUGAUUACGAUUUCGAUUUUUCUAAAACUCCUUAAUUUAUUUUUUGAGUAUAAUAAAAC